AUGUCCUCACCAACACCCUCACCACUGGACAUUGAGAUCGAGUCUCUCAAAUCCAAAAUCACAACCCUGAAAUCCAACCUCCGGAUCCAAACAUCAACCAUCCUCUCCUCCCCAUCCACCACCUCCCUCCUCUCCAACCCACCUUCUUCUUCCCAGCUCAAACCAAAAGGCAUCACCCCAACAAUCCUCAAAUCCCUCCGCCACUAUGCUUCCCUCCAAAAGGCUCAUAACCAACAAUCGCUCUACCGGACUUGCGCCACCAUCACCACCUUCCGCGUGCAAGACCCUGAUCCGAACGCGGUAGACGGCGGAGCCGUACUUGGACUGAGGAUAGAGGUUUUUGCAAGGGGGAGGUUUGCGAGGCCUUAUUAUGUUUUGAUGAAUAGGCCUUUUGCGGCGGGCAGUCGCAAAGAAAAUGGGAAGGGGACUGGGAACGGUGGCAAGGAAAACGGCAAAGAGAAAAGCAGGGGCAAAAAGGGGAAGUAUGCCAACUGGCUAAGGGUGCAUAGACACACCAUUCCUCCUUGCGUUCCUCUCUCAGGGCUAGCAGCGCGCUACCUGCCAGCACCGCCAGCACGACCUGACGAACAAGGAAGGGAACAAGAUCUGGUCAAGUUUGCGAGACGACUACGAAGGGAGUUGGUGAGGUAUCAUCACCGUCUUGCAACUAUCACAGACCUACGGAAGGCUAUCCUCGCUGAGGCCGAGUCGGAGACAAAUAAAAUCCAAAACGUCACCCCGGCCGACGCCGAAGCGAAGCAAAUCACUAUCGAAUGGGAAGAUGGCCAGACGGGAAGGCUGGUCAUGGGCGAUGAUGGGGAGAUAGUACAGGUCGUUGCGCUCAAUGGUAGCGGAGGGCAAGGAGGUGGGAGUGGCAGGGAUAGAGAGGUGGUUAGGGAGUUGGUUGGGCAAGCGAAGCGGGUGGAGGAUGUUGUUAGAAGAUUAAGGUCUGGGACGAAGGGUUGA